GUCCGCUGUGAGUACAAGAAAUCCCAAGAAAGAGAGAGAGAAGAAAAAGGGGGGAAAAAAUGGUGAGAACACCUUGCUGUGAUAAAAGUGGACUGAAGAAGGGAACAUGGACACCUGAAGAAGAUAGAAAGCUAAUGGCAUAUGUAACUAGAUAUGGCUGCUGGAACUGGCGCCAACUUCCCAAGUAUGCAGGUCUAUCAAGGUGUGGGAAGAGUUGCAGACUCAGAUGGAUGAACUAUUUGAGGCCAAACAUCAAACGAGGGAAUUACAACAAAGAAGAAGAGGAUACCAUUAUCAGAUUGCAUGAGUCACUGGGAAAUAGAUGGGCUGCUAUUGCUGCUCAGUUACCAGGAAGAACUGACAACGAGAUUAAAAACCACUGGCACACAAAUCUGAAGAAGCGCUUGAUCCAAAAUUCAAACUCAAGUGCUCAUCAAUCAAAAGAAAAACAGGAAGAUUUAUCCCGACAUGAAACCAGCCAAGAAGGAGAGUCAAAACUGAAUAACGAUCAUCCAGAUAUAAUAAGUUUCCAAAUUCUUGAAAGCUCCCCAUCGUCGCCACAACCCUCCUCAAGUAAUCAGUUUUCCCCCAUAACCAUAGAUACCACAGGUGUAACCAGCAGCACAGAAUUAAUUCUAGAAGAUGACAAGGUUGCUUCUUUUUUUGAACCAUAUGCUGAACCGAGUGGUAAUUUCUGGACAGAACCGUUCUUGGCUGACAAUUCCUACAAUUUCAAUAUGUACAGUGAUUUUCUAGAACCUUUGGUCGACCACAUAGAUGUACCUGCUUACUCUCCAUUUUUUUAUGGAGAUAUGUUAUGCCCAUAUAUAUGAGUUGUAUUUUCUAGAACCACUGUUUAAUCUUAUGAUCUUAUGCUCUAAGGAAUUCAACACCAUGCCAUAGAGUAGCUCUAUGCUUGUUUUGAGCUUUCA